AUGGACCCUUCACUCACUGGUAAAGUAACGGUCAUUAUGUUUCGCGCCCAGCACACUGAAUUACCAGAAGCAAAUAUAGGCAGCAUUUUUGUGGGAACUGGACUCAGGGUCAGUCAUUACAUGAAUGCACCACAACUUAUCGCUUAUAAAGUUGAAUCUACGUGUACAAUAAUGAAAGAUAUCAACUUCAGAGCGAAUCGACCCUUAGAUCUUACACAUCAAAGAUCUGCCGAGAUCAUGGCUUAUGCUGAACACUUGAGAAUAUUUAUUAUGUGCAACAAACAUCACAUUGUUGAGAUACAUAGAGUAGAACUUAUAACAGAGUUAUAUAUUACCGAUUAUACUUGUAAUGAGUUACUUUGUAAUAAUAACUUUGUUUGGAGGUUACCAGAUGGACUUAAUCCAUCUAAUGUAUUACAAAUUAGUUUAUGGGACGAACAUGUGAAUGACAGCAAUGAUCUUGAACCUGGCAUGUUUGUAUACUUAGAGAAUAUACGAACAAAGUAUCAUAGUUCUAAUCAAUUUCAAGGAGUUAUGCAUGGUGAUUCAAAAACGCGAAGAACGCGACUCAUGCAAAUAGACUCUAACUCAUCUGAUGUAAUAGAAUUGAUAACCCGAAAGGAAUUGUUUAUGCAAAAACGUAAUAGUUUUUCAAACAAAAUCUGUACAAUCUCUAAACGUUCAAAUAUUAUUCCAAAUAUUAUUCCAAAAAUUAUUCCAAAAAUUACUCUACCUCAUAAAUUUCUUACUCGUGGUCGUAUUGCCGAUUUCCUUCCUCCUGUUAUUGAAAAUUUUAUACGACUAUAUUGCGCUGUCUGCGAUA